AUGCCGCGAGAUGCAAUUGACGACUACCACGUCGUCGGAAACCUCUCUGUCGACAUUGGCCAUGUCAGCCUCGCCGAGGACGCCGAGGACGACGAUGCCGACCUCAGCGAGACCUGCUCCAACUUCUCGACCGUCUCGGAAGACUCUCUGCCUCUCAUCCGCGCCUACAGCCAUACGUACCAUGGCUCGGGCCAGCUCAUGACGCCCAACGACGACUCCGAGGCCCGUCGCAUGGCCCUGCAACACGAGCUCUUCCAACUGUGCCUCGACGGCGGCCUGGUGGACGCUAAGCUGCCCCUCGAAAACCACACUCCCGAUAAUCCCUUCAUGAUCCUCGACGUGGGCGCCGGCAGCGGUAUUUGGGCCCGCGACAUGGCUCAGCGCCAUCCCCAGGUCAACAUCCUCGGCAUCGACAUCACGCGCGCCCUGCUCCCCAAUGACGUCCCCGCGAAUGUCACCUUCGAGAUUGCUGACGCGACGGACCCUUGGCCCCCACACACCUACGACUUCAUCCACAUGCGCAACUUGGUCGGCGGCGGCAUCCGGGACUGGCAGUCGCUGCUGGCCCGCGCCUACGCCCACCUCAAGCCCGGAGGCCAGCUCGAGUUCACCGAGAUCCGCCCGCGCUUCUUCGGUGUCGACACCGAGGAAGCCGACCUGCCGAGUGUCCUGGCUGGCGCAAAACCUGCCAUCGGCGCCGCUUGCUGCGAAUACGAAACGGCCUACGUAGACGUGUGCAUGAAGCUAGGUCUAGACUUUGAUCCCGUUCCCCGCAUACCAGGGUGGCUGAGUAACAUGGGCGCCGAAUCGACACGCGAGCGGGUCGAUUGGCUGCCCGUGAGCAACUGGGGGAACGACCCAAUCAGCCGAAAGAAGGGCGAGAUAUUGAGCCAGAUGAUUGAAUGUGGUCUGGAGAACUGGACCCUGAUGCUCUUUGGGCUUGGUGGAUGGAAAGAGAAGGACACAAGGGCCUUGCUAGCGCGUGUCCUAGAAGAGGUCCAGGACCCCGAGCGGAAGAGUAAUGUCAAAGUGUAUGGCUCCUAUCCGGAACGUGUUUACACGACUGAGCUGACGUCUUCUACUAGAACAUUUAUCACGGCACGAAAACCGCUUCACGCGCCCGAGCCCUCAGCUGAAGUUGACGAAGCGAUAAAAGCUGCCGACGCUGCAUCCGGGAAUAGCGAAUCCUCAGCUAAAGCUACCGCCGAGGCGGCACCCAACAGCGGGCACGCGGACUGA